CAAUGGGAAGUGGGGUAGAUCGGCGAUAGCGAAUUCCAACCCCAAUCGAAAAAAUACGAUUCAGUAUGAUUUUUGGUACGACGCUGUAUUGUGCUCUUUUACUUCGCAGGGACACGCAUAUGAGCAAGCAGCAGUUAAAUGAGAUAUUAUUGCACAGACGCCGUAUCUGGAAUAGAGAUGUUGUCAUUUUGUCAUCAAUAGAUAAGCUUUAGUAGUAGCAGUGAAGUGUAAAAUAAAACUGAUAACUUCAUUGAACUUUCAAUGAAAACAAAUUACACCUAGUGUAUCUGUAAGAAGUCGGUAAAUUUAAGAUUGAAUGAACAAUACAGUAAACGGAUAAUGGAAAUGGAGUUUAUUUUAUCCACGCAUCACAAAAUGUGAAUUUUAUUAGUUUUCAAUCACAGGUGAAAUUAAAAAUAAUAAAAUCAGCUGGUUCUGGAUAAAGUUCAUUGAUAAAUGAUGUAUUAUGUGUUUAUGUUAUUGGUGUAGGAGUGAUAACAGCAGUUGUGAAAGAACAAUUUACUGCAAUCCUUAACUGAAAUUUUCACUGCUAUGAUAAAAAUUUACAAAUGAAAAACCAUUUGCACUUAAUUGAUUUUCAUAAAAACUAAUUAUCUAUCAGUCGUUACUAUGCAAUUAUAGAUUAAAUUUACAAAACCUCAAAAUCGAGGAAACAAUAAAACUAAUGAUUAGGAUCAACUCUUUUUCCAAAUUAUGUGUUCAUAUAGUGAUGCUUUAUGAAGUGGUUUCGCCGCAAGCAUAUCGUAGAGCCAUAACGAAACGAAAAAAUAUACUCAAUCGUUAAUAUUUUCGUAAAUAAUUGUAAGUGUCGCGUAAGAAAAAACUGUCUUGAAUGAAAAUACGAUGCCAUCACUAUAUAGAAAAAGUAACGGACUACUAUUAUAUACAAAACACACAAUUUAGAUGGAAAUUUUAACACGAGUAGCCGGCAGCUUCGCUGGUUUUUGGAGGAGUCGAAGACGUACACACCAAGAAGAUGAUACCUCACGUAAUCAAAUCAUGGGAACAUACGAAGAGCUUUCUGCUAUUCAAGUUAAAAAAUAUUUGCAAAGUAAUCCAGAAUUCUUGGAUACAUACGUCAUGGAUGAAAUGCAGCUUGAGCAGCUUGAAAGAUGGAUGAUACGAAAAACACAGCGUGCUAGAAAAAUUCCACAACCUAUUGGCAAAAAUGGAAGAAAAACUAGUCUUAGCCGAUGGAAAUUUUGCGUUCACGCUGAUAAACGACAAAUGUUACAGGAUUUGAUAAACUCUUUACAAUUGAGGCCAACCAAAAUGCAUGUGCUGUGGGAGCUGGCUUCCUGCAUAUGUUCGGCAGUGAAUGCCGAUGGGUUUCGAUUGUAUCUCACCGAUGCUGUGGAUACUGAAUGUCUUCAUCUCUGUUUAAGUAACAAUUUCAUCGAUGAGAAUGGAGAUCCGAAACCUCUAAGAAUAAAAUCCGAUGCAGCCAUACCCAACUAUGUGGCUAAGACUAGGGAACCAAUCCGUUUUUCCAAAGGAGACUGCGAUCCACGAUUUGAUCAGAAUGUGUUAGACAAAAGUGAAAUGGUACACGUUAUGUGUCAGCCUAUUGUAUAUCCUGAUGGAUCACUAGUGGCAGUACUUGAGUUAUGGCGUCGAGAUUGUGGAACACCAUUCUAUGAGGAGGAUGAAGAAAUUGGCUGCAGUUAUUUAGUAUGGGGUGGUAUCGCUAUACAUUAUGCACAUUUAAACCUAGUUGGAUUGAAACAACGUAAACUUAAUGAUUUUCUAUUAGCAGUAGUCAAGUCCAUAUUUCAAGAUAUGGUUAGCAUGGAUAUGCUAGUAUCAAAAAUAAUGAACUUUGCUCAGCGACUUGUGGAUGCGGAUCGGGCUUCCUUGUUUCUAGUAGAUUCGAAAAGCAAAGAAUUAUAUGCAACAAUUUUCGAUGUGGGUUGUGAAGAAAAACCUUCUAAAGAAGAAAACGAAAACGAUAAUAAAGUACCCAAAGAAAUACGAUUUCCUAUUGGGACGGGUAUAGCAGGUCAAGUUGCUAUGUCAGGUGAAGUUCUUAACAUUGCAGAUGCCUACGCUGAUACAAGAUUUAAUCGUUCCAUUGAUCAAUUAACUGGGUAUAAAACAGAAUCUAUUUUGUGUAUGCCUAUUUUUAUUCGUGGGAAUGUAAUCGGUGUAGUACAAAUGAUAAACAAACGGAUAGGAUAUUUCAACAAGGAGGAUGAAGAAGCGUUUGAAAUGUUUGCAGUUUACUGUGGAUUAGCUCUUCAUCAUGCCAAACUAUAUGAUAAAAUACGACGAUCAGAACAAAAAUAUCGCGUAGCUCUCGAAGUAUUGAGUUAUCAUAAUACUUGCUCGGAAAAAGAGGUUACAAAAUGUCUUGAAGUGGGUAUACCACAGAGAAUAUCGAACAUCGACAAAUAUGACUUUAGCCCAUUCGAAAUUAACGAUUUCCAAAAAGCUUUGUACAGUGUUUAUAUGUUUAAGGAUUUAUUCGGUUUGGGGAGAUUCGACAAGACUAGUUUAAUUCGCUUCACUCUGACAGUCAAAAAAAAUUACAGAAGAGUUCCAUAUCAUAACUGGACCCAUGGAUUCUCAGUUGCUAAUACAAUGUACAGCAUGAUAAAAAAUUGCAACACAAUAUUUAGACCGAAUGAGUGUUUAGCACUUUUUAUUGGAUCCCUCUGCCAUGACCUGGAUCAUCGCGGAAAAAAUAACAAAUUCAUGCUUGAUACAGAAUCACCUUUGGCAGCCAUUUAUAGUACAUCAACAAUGGAACACCACCAUUUCAAUCAGACUGUCACCAUACUACAACAGGAGGGUCAUAAUAUUUUUAGCAAGUUGAGUAGCAGUGAAUAUAAACAAGUUUUGAGUCUUAUUAAACACUGCAUACUUGCCACCGACCUGGCACUUUUUUUCCCAAAUAAGGAAAAAUUGAACACUUUAGUGGACGAGGAGAAAUUUUCGUGGACCAUAUCAGAACAUCGUAUGCUAAUACAGGCUAUCGCAAUGACCGGAGCUGAUUUAUCUGCAUCGGCCAAACCGUGGGAGGUGCAAACCGAAACUGUCAAGGUUAUAUUCGCAGAGUUCUACGAUCAAGGAGAUGAAGAAAAAAAAGCAGGGCGUGCACCUAUUCCGAUGAUGGAUCGCGAUCAACCAGAAGAACAAGCCGCGUCACAAUUAGGAUUUCUAAUGGGAAUAUGUAUACCAUGUUACACCUUACUUCAUAGAUUGAUUCCGGAAACAAAACCAAUGCUAGACAUGUGCAAUGAAAACUUAUCGAAAUGGCAGGAUAUCGCCAACGGAAGCCGAAAGUUUGAUCAAUAGAAUCCAAACAGGCAACGUAAACAUGCUCGCUAUAUGAUAUAAAUCUUAAGUGUAAUAUUAUAAAUACAUAUACAUGUACAUAUAUAUUUUUUUUUUUUUUAUAAUAAAAUUUUUAUUGGGCUCAUUUGCGUUAGCUUAACGUGGCCGAUUAUCUUGUUGUUAGGUGGAUAUGAGUGGAAGCCGUAUUAUGGGGCGACCUGCUCCCCUAAAGUUAGUAAAGGAGUGUCAGGAGGGUGGGACCUAUACUGUAUUGAUUUUGAACAUAUUUUGGUAUUACAAAUCAUUCAUUAAUAGCUUGCAUCUUCUUAACACACUUUUCAUUUCCGAGUUCUUGACGUUCUCCAGAUUGUAACGAGGAAGAGACUGUACUAGACUCGGAUGCUUUGUUGGUGUACUUUGAUGUCGGUGUGUCAUUUAUGGAUGGUUUCCAGCAAUUCAGCUUGACCAGUGUUUAGUUCAUUUGGGGUAGGACCACUGUAGAAGAAAGAAAGAGAAAGAGAGGGCACUAGAUUUGCACGUUUAUAGCUUUGAGGAAGUUAUAGAGGUAGGUCAUGUAAAGGAGAUCUCGGGUUGCCAAAACGUCACGGACUGGAACAUAAGGUGGUCUACCUCGGGCCCGAAGGGAAUCAAUUAGCUGGAGUCUGACGUCGCAAUACUCGGAGCACACCCAAACAACAUGCUCGAUGUCAUGAUAACCGUCUCCGCAAACGCAAUGAUUACUCUCACUAAGGCCAACACGAUGAAGAUGCGCUUUGAGCAAAGAGUGGUUGGACAUAAGUCUUGACAUUGUGCGAAUAAAGUCCCGGUUCACG